AUGGAUGUCAGUGGGCAUGGCUACGAGUCUCAGCCGGCUCCUAGCAUGCCCAUGCCGCGUAAACUAUGGGAGCACCCAGAUCCAAAGUCGACAGCCAUGUGGAAAUUCAUGCAAAAUGCAAAUGAUAAACAUGGACUAAAGAUGGAGGCAAGUCAUUUGCUUCUUCAUUUUUGA